AUGAUAAAUGUGGGUCCCUUGGAGCAGGACUUGGACGCUGAACAUUUGGGUGGAAAUCUCACGUGGCAACUUCCAGAGGAUCUGCGCUAUGUCUCUUCGUGCCUGGGAUAUCAACUGAGGUACCUGGUCUACCUGGCCGAAAGCGCCUACGGCCUUCAGCGCUCACAGCUGGGUGCUGAGCUGCCGUCCCAGCGACGCUUCCAGGAGGUGCCAGCAGAUACUCUGCGGCUCUCCUUCAAUCACUUCACGGUCUAUGCGAAGUCGACCUUAGCAGAGCAGACCACCCCGGCCUCUUUGGCCUUCUUCGAUGAGUUCGCCAUGGCGUCCAACAUGAGUUUCACCGAUUUAGAUUUGGACGCCUUGGAAAUCGGCGGAAAUCUCAGCUGGGAGCCACCGGAAGACGCCAGUGAGGUCACAGACUAUUUGAUCUACCUGGCGGAAGAUGCUCAGGGAAGCAAUCGGUCGCUGGUGGAUGUCGUUCCUGUGGGAGUCCACGACGUUUUCAUCCCAGCGGAGACUCCUCUGGCGUCAUUCACGCACUUGACGGUCUUCGCCCGAUCUUCUUUGGUGGAACAGACCACACCCAUGAGCCUUCCCAUUGUCGACAGCGUGGCCAGCGUGUCAGAGGUGAACUUUACGGAUUUGGACCUGGAUUCUGGAGACCUAGGAGGAACACUGGUGUGGAACUUGCCGACCAACGACCUUGAGUUGGUGGAUUCUUACAGCGUCUAUUUUGCCACGAGCUUUUCCGGAUCCAGCCGCUCCCAGCUCGGUGGUCCACAGGGUCCCAGGAGCAAAGCGCUGACGCUCCACGCGGACACGGCGAAGCUGGAGUUCAGCCAUUUAUUGGUCUACACGGAGUCAGCGUUGGUGGAACAGACCACCCCGGUGGGUGUGGCGAUUUCGGACCUUGGCGUGUCUGCCAGCAAUUUGAGCUUCCCGGAUUUCGAUCUGGACGCCAGGGAAUUGGGUGGAAAUCUCAGCUGGGAUCCACCUGAAGAGCUGGACUUGGUGGACUCCUACCAGGUCUACUUUGCAGUGGUGGAAGAUGAUUCGAACUCCUCCGAUGCUGCUCUGACCUUUGUGGAGCGUCGCUUCCUGGGGACGGUGCUUUCUGGAGCGCUCACGGAGUUUGUGAUUCCACCUGAAACGGCUCUGUCGAACUUCACCCAUCUGCUGGUCUACGCGUCAUCGCCAUUGGCAGAACAGACCACACCAGCCAGCCUGGCCAUCCUGGACGUAUCUGCCAGCGCUUCACACCUGAACUUCACCGACGAGGACCUGGAUGAAGCCGAAUUGGGCGGCAAUCUGACCUGGUUUGAGCCGCAAAAUCACUAUGGGCGCUUGGUGUCCUAUCGCAUUUACCUCCAGUCCGGAGAGCUACGAGAAAACCUGGACGAAGUCUUGCAAGGGACGGUAGCAAUUCCAGCAGAGACCCAACAGAGUGGCUAUAGUCACUUCUCCGUCUACACGGUCUCAGCACUGACCGAACAGACCACGCCUGCCAUGCUGCUGAUCGAUGACACGGUGGCACGUGCCAGCAACUUGAGCUUCGAGGAUUUGGACCUGGACCUGCGAGAGUUGGGUGGAAACCUCACCUGGCAGGAACCCGAGGAUAUGAGUCAAGUCACUUCCUAUGCCGUCUACUUCGCAGAGGCCUUAGGUGUCAAUGACACUGACUGCGUGGUGCUCGGCCACGUCGUCGCCUUGGUUACAGGCAGCUUCGAGAUGGACCUGGACGGUGCCUCGGAGGAGCAGGUCACGGAGGCGGCCACCUUGGCGCUGGCCAGUUCAUUGAAUCUGGAUCCUAGUCAGAUCAUUGUGACCGUCAGCGCGGCGCGGCGCAUGGAAGAGGUGGAAACACGGCGAUUGCUGGCAACACACUGGAAGGUCUCCUACACCGCUGUGGUGGAUGUCGAGUUGGCUUCCGAUGUGGAGCAGGUGGUGGAAGCGGUGUCCGCGGAUCAAACGGCCUUCAGCGAACGCAUGAAGACGGAGCUGGUGGUCACCGGGGUCCCCCCAGGCACCGUGGCCCUAGGGUAA